CCAUCGCCAAUUCCACGUCGGAUUAGCUCGUCAGAGUCUCCCUGCAUAUUCCCCGUGCAAGACGAUAGCGAGCCGCCCUGGUCUCUACCGUCACCAUGCCCGUCAAGGCCGCCUCCACCCGCCUCAACCCGGUCCGUCUCCAGACCAUCCCUCACCUCCGAGUCCGUCGUCCGAAUCAACAUGAGCAGAAUUCCUGCGUGACGGUUAUGUCUUCGAUGCUGAGCUGCUGGGCAUCUGCUGGAUAUACUGCAGAGGGAUGUGCCGCUCUAGAGCAACAAUUGAGACAAUGCAUGGAUGCACCGAAACCCAAGGGAGACAAGAAAAACACCAUCAACUACCACCUUAUGCGCAUGUACCCGAAGGUUGUCGGACCCAAGAAGAGGGAAGGUCGUCUCGGCUAGAGGUUGCCUUUUCUUUUCUUUUUUCUUUUCGUUACAGCUUCUAUAUCCUUUUCGAAAUGAUUUCUUCCAAGCGUCGCGUACGAUACACCAGUUAUGAAUCGACACAGUAGAGGAUCGAGGUGAUUCAAACCUGAAGAAGUUGCGCCGGGGUUGACUUGAUUCUGACCAAGAUAUUCUGUUCUGGAGUUUAUGGGUUGCGAGGGGCAACACUGCUGAUGUGGGAUUUUGUAUACAUAUUCUUUGUACAUUACUGUUGUUAUUUGAAGGCAAAGAUUCUUUUUAACCUACGAUACCGGGAAUAUUUGU